CCAGGGGCGGACUGACCAUUUGGAAACUCAGGGCACUGCCCGAGGGCCUGGGGUCAGUAGGGGGCCCCAUGAGAUGCCCUUGGUACCUUUUUCAUAGGCUUUUUUGCGUUUAGGCAAGGACACAGGGUCCCCAUGAUUCCCUAUUGCCCGGGGCCCCAUGAGUUGUCAGUCCACCCCUGCACAUUACUACUACCCGCUUAUUGCCGCAUCAUCAGUACCCAUCAGUACAGACUAUAAGUACCCAUCACUUCAGCUUCAUCAGUGCCCA